UCCAUGGCAGCAAUUUUGAAUUACAAGAACAGUACAUAAAUAUUUUUAUCAAUAUUUGACCAAUAUUUGUACGAGAUUUAUUGUUUUAUAUGUAACAUUUUACGAAAGAUAUAAUGAAAUGAUGGAAACACAGGAAUCGGACGUGCAAAUUAUUCUAAGCAUAAAAGAAGGAAGAGAUUUUGAACAAGUUUUACAACCAACAAUAUUAAUUGGAACUUUAAAUGGACAUUCCUUGAAAACUGACAAAAUUGAGCCAAGCUCAAACCCACAAUAUGAUACUGAUUUGAUAUGGGAAACCAAUAAAACUAUAUUGAGAAAAAUGAGAUCAGGACAAGCAUCAUUAAAAUUAGAAUGCUAUACUUUUAAAGAGAAUGAAAGUAAAGAGAAAAUUGGACAUAUUUUGUUGAGCAUACGUUCAGCACAUUUAGCAUAUAAAUACAGAGAUUUGAAUCCAAAAGCAAGUUGGCAUAAAUUGAUAGGAUUAAAGAGUGAUCUUAAAACACACAAGCCUGAGUUACUUCUUAUAUUGAGAAUUGAGGAUCACAAAAAUACAAGUUCAAAUACAGUAUUAGAGAAGUGCCCAGAAAUUGAGUCUCACAGGAAUCCCAGUGGUGAUUUCAAAAAAUUUAACCCUAUUAGUAUUCCUAAUGAAACAAAAUAUACAACGGAAUUUAAGUAUGCAAAUCAGCAGUUUAUUGAUUGCCAGCACUUAAAAAAUCGGACGAAUAAAAUGACAUGUCGCUCCAGCGAUACUAUGGUCUGCAAAUGUGUUAAUACCAAAUGUAUAGGAUCUUAUCAUUGCUAUUGCCUAUGUAUUUCACUUAUAGCAAUAACAUUUGCUUCCCCAAAAUUAUCUGGGCGACAAAUUGAAUUCCGAUUUCAUCACCCGAAAGCUGAAAUUAUGUCAGUGGCGCCUGCAACGAUGUCAGCUUUAUCUGGCGAAAAAUCUAAAUUGCAAAAUAUUGGAUGUCAAUUUCACUUUAUAUCCGCACCAGACGAGAUUAAGCAGUUAUUGCAAUCUUUCCCACCAAAGAUCAGUAUAUAUGAUAUAAAUGAAGAUGUUAAACUAGUAUCACUGUUGGUGCUAGAUUUAAAACCAUUAUUUCAUCAUGAUAAGCCUGAAUGUCAAUAUAAAUUAUCUCUGUAUGAUACAGAUAAAAAUAAAAUUGGUGAUAUAGACAUUAUGCUCAAGCUGGAGAAUCAUGGACCACAUUUCUUACUAAAACAAGAAAACGCUGGUAAAAACUUGGGUCCACCCAUACUAGAUGAUAGCUUAGCAUAUAAAAUUGUAGAUGAGCUUGAAACGUGGAAGGAACGUCAAAAAGAAAUGUUUAAAGCUGAGCUUAAGAGGAAAGAAGAACGACAUUUAAAUAUGUUGAACGAGGAAUGGCAAAGACAGAAAGAAAAUCUAGAAUCGAAGCUUACAUGCAGUGUCGAACAAUGUAAGAUAUUAACGAACAGUCUAAAUAACGCCACUGAAGAUUUAAGAACACGCAGAUUAAAAAGCCUGGAAAAUGAGACUAGAUUAAUGAAAGCAAACGAGGACAUACAAUGGAGAUAUGAAGUUAAAUUACAAGAACUUAAAGAUUCUUUGCACACGAUGCAAAAUGAUCUUACAUCAAAGAUGAGCAAGCUCGAGGAAAAGAAAACUGCCUUAGAGGCGCAAGUGGAAAUAUUAAUGUACGAGAAUGAAAACUUAAAAUUGUCAAUAAACAAACAAACGAAUGAAUUACAAAUGUAUCAAAAAGGAUCCUUAACUCAAGAUCAGACAGCAUCACUUUUGCAAGAGUUAAAAAUACUCGAGGAGAAAUUGAACAAUGCUCAAAAGGGGAAAUCAUUUUUUAAAGAACAGUGGGGCAAAGCUGUUCGUGAAAUUCACAGAAUGAAAGUGGAUCAUCAGCAAGCCAUGCAAGUUCAAAUAAAAAACAGCAAGGAGGAACUGAAAAACGUGGACUUUGCAGAAAUUUUAUCUACAGAUACAAGAGCCUUGACCAAUGAUCAAAUCCUAUUGAACGAACUGCAAAAGGAGAUUGAUGUAAUGAAGCCUAAGCAAUAUUUCACUCCAAAAGAAACCUAUAGUGAAGUCUCUGCGUCAAUCAACAAGAUUUACCCUAAAAUUUCUUAUAAUGAUAAUAAAACCAUAUCUGGCAAACCGGAUGAAUACAACGAACGAUUGCAAGCACUAAGAGAAGAACGUGAAUCUCUCUUAAGGACCGGAAGUUACUCAUCGGAUGACGUAGUAAUUAAAAAGCUUGACACAGAGAUACGAUCUUUACUGCUCUUAUAAAAUAUGGAAGUAUAUCUAAAGGAGCGGAAUAAUUUCUCAACCAUUUCGGUCCGAUACUGAUCACUUCUCGUUUCGGAUCAAGCCAUAUUCCCGCAG